GUUAACGCGCAGCUAUUGUGUUAAUGUGACGAAUCACUGUUAGUUUGGCUCGCAUUUCUCGUGCUCCAGCAGCAAUGACAAGCUUCCACUUCAAAGGUCGUGCAGUACGAUUUCAAUUACUAAAAGAAGCAGACGAAGACAAUGAAAGCGACGAGCCUCACUCGCGCGUCUUCAUUUCUGGAGACGUGAGCGACGACGGAGAAGAGGACUGCAGUCAAACGAAGCCACUCGUUAAAUCUGGACCGAAAACUGCGGCCCCAGAAGGUCACGUGAUCAGAUUGAAACACGGACGUCAAACCCGGAAGUCAAGUUGUAAAGAUAUGUGCCGCAUAGCUGCGGUUCUGUUGAGUGUUGCGCUACUAGUGAGCGUUUUUGUUGCUGUUGUGAUGCACUUGGCCAAUCAGAGAGCAUCCAGUAGGCCGGAGGCGGGUCCAUUGAAUGUGACGUCAUACCACUACGUGCCCUCACAUCAUCAUGUGCCCUCACUUUCAUCGCUCUACUGCAAGCAGUCGAGUCGUCACUCAGUUUCAAAGUCACCAUAUAGUGGAUCCUGUAAUAGAACGAGUCUUCGUCUGAAGUGGGAGGCUCACUUUGCUAACCUAACAUCGUCAUCUGCAGUUAGGUUUAUUGAUAUCAACUGUGAUGGAAUUCUUGACGUCAUUUUGGGAUUCGGUGAAAUCAACGAUAUCCCGUUGCUGAAAGACUUCACUCUCGUACGCAAAUGUAUUUACUCCGACGCUAAACUACGGGCGUGUACAGGCGGCAUCAUAGCCUUGGAUGGCAAGACAGGCGACGAGUUGUGGCGCAAGCAAACGACCCACGAGACAUUUGCCAUACACUGUGCACUGGACGUAAACAACGACGGUCAGUUGGACUGCCUAGUCUCAGGCCGAGGCGGAGUGAUGUUUAGUAUCGAGCCGAGAACAGCCGACAUUUUAUGGCUCGGCGAUGAACGAGUCACCAAUUAUUCAUGGAACUUUAUGACUCCUCAGAUUGUCCGCGACUUUGACUCAGACGGCGUCCAAGACAUUAUUGUAAGUCACGGAGGCGACACACGGUACGAUUCGUUUGUUUACCCGAGAGGCAUCGGCCGUUUGAUUCUCCUUUCUGGAGGCACCGGGAAGGUGAUUUCUAUCAUGUCUAUGCCGGAUGGACGUGAGACCUACAUGAGUCCAGUAAUACAUAGAGACGGGAAUGGAACGAUUCGUGUGUUAUUCGGCACGGGCGGUGAGUCGAUUACAGGGAGUUUGUGGUCGGUUGAGUUGGAGGACUUUGCACGACUUGGUUUUCGUUGUCAUCGGAAGGUGGGUGUGUUGGAUUGUGAUGUCGUUGCAAAUAGUACGACGAAGGUUAUUGAAGGGAUUCGACAUCGUGGGGCUAGUAAUCCGCCUGUUCUUGUCGAUUUGACAAGAGAUGGUGUGUUGGAUGUUGUGGUGCCGAUGUAUGAUGGUCGUGUGUUUGCACUGGAUGGAAUGGAUUUUUCUGAGAUUUGGAGAGUUGAUUUUGGAGAAGCGGAGUCUUACAUGCAUCCCGCCAUAGGAAGAUACAACAACGAUGAUAUUCCUGAUAUAAUGGUGUUAUACCAGAAGGGAAUCUAUCAGGAAUACAAUGCCACCCUGACAGCCAUAAUCAAUGGUCAAACAGGAGAGCUACUCUACUACAACGAAAUACCAGUUGGCAUGGUGAUGGCACCAUCUCCGUUAAGUCUACAAACAACAAACGGUAGAGAUUGGUUUCUCUACUGGAUACCUAAGGAAACAGCAUCUAUUUUCCAUACAUCUGCAGCUCGUAAGCGACGGCAUGAGCAUGUUGAUGAUGUCAGUGAUAACAAGCAUGAGCACGAUGAUCACAGUGAAAAGAAGAAGUGGUUUAAUGAUAUUCAGUUUGUAGCAAAGAGUGUUGAUGUGGGGCAGAAGGGUUGGGUGCUUCAUGAAGAAAAGACAGGCAUCCAGCAGUCAUACUAUGAAGCAUUUUCCUCAUUGCUGACUACAAACUACGACCUCAUCAGCUCUCCAGCCAUCACUGACAUUGAUGGUGAUGGACGACUAGAUCUUGUGCAUGUGUAUUACCGGUCCGCAUGCCCACUGCCCAAAGGGAUUGAUCCCAAUCACGUUGUUGUGGACCCCAAAAUGGAACGAUGUCACAGCAGCUCAUUGGACAUUUAUGUGAAGGAGAUAGACAGCAACUGUCCGUUUGCUGCUCUUGAACAACAGCAAUGGCUUGCGUAUUUGGGUACAUAUGGUGAUGGAAUUUAUGGUUAGGAAUGAGUUGGUUGUUAGUGUAAGUAAAGAUGUGAGUACUAAUUCAUUUACAAUGUAUUACCUGAGUAAGACUUGUUCAG